GGCAAACCUCACACUUCCUCGGCAGAUUUGUUGCCGCAGGAGUCCUCACCUAACAAGAGGCGCAGUUUGUUUUGUGAAACAUAUAUAAAUAUUUUUGGGAGGUUUUGCAAUCAUGCGUGUGGUGUUGUUGUGGGCGGCGGUGUUGGGCCUGAGUUACGCCGCUAAGCUCGACCAUCUUACUACAAAGGACGAAGACUGUGACUGUAACGAUCCAACCUUGGGCAGCAAGGGACCAGUUGGCAGCUAUUUCGUGGCGCCUCUGCCUUCAGGAGGAACGCAUAUCUCCUUCGCCGGGUUCGGCUCACCGUCUAAAACAAAGCCAGGAGGCGGAGUUCAAGGGGCUUCCUUCCAGACGCACAUUAGUGGUGGUUCCUCUCCUGGGGGUGGUCAUGGUACCGGGUCGGCUGCUGGUGGGGAUCGCAGCGGUGGUGCCUCAUCUGUGAGCGGGACUGUCACAGCCUUCGCCGGCUCACCAUCUGGAAGACAGCCAGGUAGCGGGCUUCAGGGUUCCUCCUUCCAGUCCUCUUUUACUCACAGCAGCAAGACCCCAUUGGUGGGUGGCCCUGGAACUGGUCAUGGGGCCGGGUCAUCUACGAGUGGAGCAUCCGCCGGUACCUCAUCUGUCGAUGGAUCCUUUUCAUCCUUCGCUGGGGUCAGCUCACCAUCUGGAAGACAGCCAGGUAGCGGGCUUCAGGGUUCCUCCUUCCAGUCCUCUUUUACUCACAGCAGCAAGACACCAUUGGUGGGUGGCCCUGGAACUGGUCAUGGGGCCGGGUCAUCCACGAGUGGAGCAUCCGCCGGUACCUCAUCUGUCGAUGGAUCCUUUUCAUCCUUCGCUGGAUCCGGUUCUGCAAGCAGGGGCCAAACUUCCAGUGGCGCCUUCCAUUCUGGUUCCUACACGUCAUCACAGGGCGGCGGUACCGGUCCUGGAAGUAGUUCAUUAGGCGCUCAUAGUCCGACAUCAGCAUCUGGUUCAGGAAGUGCGUACUCAUCUACCGGAACAGGAGGAUCUGGGACUGGAAGGAAGCCAUCCUUUGGAGGAACCAGUGGAUCUGGAACGGGGAGACCUUCCUUUGGACGUCCUUAUACUACUGGAGCAUCUGGAAGUGGAACUUCACCAGGUACACAUGGGUUUUCAUCUACUGCCGGAUCUGGAACUUCUGUGAGUGCAUCUGCUUCGAAACCUGGUAGUCAAACACCUGGAAGUGGAGCUUCAUUUAGUACACACAGCUCUACAGCUAGCAGUCAAAGACCUGGAAGUGGAGCUUCACUGAGUGCACCUGGUUCUAGACCUGGUAGUCAAAGACCUGGAAGUGGAACUUCACUGAGUGCACCUGGUUCCGGAUCUGGUAGUCAAAGACCUGGAAGUGGAACUUCACUGAGUGCACCUGGUUCCGGACCUGGUAGUCAAAGACCUGGAAGUGGAGCUUCAUUUAGUACACACAGCUCUACAGCUAGCAGUCAAAGACCUGGAAGUGGAGCUUCACUGAGUGCACCUGGUUCUAGACCUGGUAGUCAAAGACCUGGAAGUGGAGCUUCACUGAGUGCACCUGGUUCUAGACCUGGUAGUCAAAGACCUGGAAGUGGAGCUUCACUGAGUGCACCUGGUUCUAGACCUGGUAGUCAAAGACCUGGAAGUGGAGCUUCUUCAUUUAGUUCACUUCCUAGUUCUAGACCUGGUAGUCAAAGACCUGGAAGCGGAACUUCACUGAGUGCACCUGGUUCCGGACCUGGAAGCGGAACUUCAUUUAGUUCACCUGGUUCUAGACCUGGUAGUCAAAGACCUGGAAGUGGAACUUCACUGAGUGCACCUGGUUCCGGACCUGGAAGCGGAACUUCAUUUAGUUCACCUGGUUCUAGACCUGGUAGUCAAAGACCUGGAAGUGGAGCUUCCUUCGGUUCGCAUGGAUCCAUUUCUGGCACUGGAAGACCUGGAAGUGGAACUUCUUUUAGUGCUCCUGGUUCUAGACCUGGUAGUCAAAGACCUGGAAGCGGAACUUCAUUUAGUUCACCUAGUUCUAGACCAGGUAGUCAAAGACCUGGAAGCGGAACUUCACUGAGUGGACCUGGUUCCGGACCUGGAAGCGGAACUUCAUUUAGUUCACCUAGUUCUAGACCUGGUAGUCAAAGACCUGGAAGUGGAGCUUCAUUUAGUUCACCUAGUUCUAGACCUGGUAGUCAAGGACCUGGAAGCGGAACUUCUUUUAGUGCUCCUGGUUCUAAACCUGGUAGUCAAAGACCUGGAAGCGGAACUUCAUUUAGUUCACAUGGUACUACAUCUGGAAGUGGGUCCACAAGACCUGGAAGUGGAUUUUCUUCAGCUAGUUAUGGAUCUUCAUCUCGCACAUCUGGAUCUGGAGGAGGGUCCUCUUCCACAUCUCAUACAGGUUCCGGACCUGGAAGUAAAUUUUCACCAGGAGCAGCUUCAGAUAGCAAAGUCUCAGGAAGCAAGUUUUCGACAGUAAAUCUCGAAACACCUACUGGAACCGGGUCGCAACAAGGUUCUCACGGAACCAGUUUCACAACAGGGACCCACACAAGUGCCCACAAACCAGGGUUUGGUGCUGACAGAACUGGAUUCGGACCGCCUUUCUCUGGAACAACAAGUUUCGGAGGCUCUAGUAGCAGAUUUUCUUCGCUUACUAAGGGAUCACUAACUACUUCUGGAAGCCCAGGCUCCAAAUUCGGUGCAGGAUCUGGUUCUGGAGCUGGUUCUGGUGCUGGUUCAGGUACUGGCUUCGGAGCUCAUGGAUCUACUGCUGGUGCUGGCGCUGGUGCUGGUUCUGGUGCUAGUUCAUUUGCUGCCUUUAGAGCUCAUGGCAAACCUAGUGGAUCUACUACUGGUGCUGGUGCUGGAUCAGGUGCUGGCUUUGGAGCUCAUGGCAGACCUAGUGGAUCUACUACUGGUGCUGGUGCUGGUUCAGGUGCUGGCUUUGGAGCUCAUGGCAGACCUAGUGGAUCUACUACUGGUGCUGGUGCUGGUUCAGGUGCUGGCUUUGGAGCUCAUGGCAGACCUAGUGGAUCUACUACUGGUGCUGGUGCUGGUUCAGGUGCUGGCUUCGGAGCUCAUGCAUUUACUACUGGUGCUGGUUCGGGUGCUGGCUUCGGAGCUCAUGGCAAACCUCGUGGAUCUACUGCAGGUGCUGGCGCUGGUUCAGGUGCUGGCUUCGGAGCUCAUGCAUUUACUACUGGUGCUGGUUCGGGUGCUGGCUUCGGAGCUCAUGGCAAACCUCGUGGAUCUACUGCAGGUGCUGGCGCUGGUUCAGGUGCUGGCUUCGGAGCUCAUGCAUUUACUCCUGGUGCUGGUUCAGGUGCUGGCUUUGGAGCUCAUGGCAAACCUCGUGGAUCUACUGCAGGUGCUGGCGCUGGUUCAGGUGCUGGCUUCGGAGCUCAUGGAUUUACUACUGGUGCUGGUGCAUCUACACAUGUUACCAGCGCGAUCAGUGCUAGUGGUCCAGGAAGCCACAGUGGUUCUGGAGGGUUGGCGAGCCCCGGGUCUUCAGGAUUCAGUUCGCAGUCCUAUUCCUCUUCAUUUGCGUCUUCCGGCUCCUUCGCCUCUAGAGGCCCAGUACACGCCGGCUUUUGCCCCAACCUGACAAAGAAGUGCUCGGGCAAGAAACCUCCCACGUGCUACAACGACGACUCCUGCCCCCAGGACCAGAAAUGUUGUUUCGACACCUGCCUCUGGAAUGGGGAAACCUCACACUUCGUCUGCAAACCGGCCCUCAAAAAGAGUCCAGGAUGGUAAUAAUAUUCAUAAUGGUAGAGACGACGCAUCUUGGUGGGUGUGGCGAGGCUUUGUAGAGACGGCGACCAGACUGGAAAACUAUCGUAUUGGUCGUGUCUUCUGCGCAUAUUGGUAGUGGCGACGCGUCAUGAUCGUGGGAAAGAAAGCUGCCGUAGCGUCGUCUGGUGCUGAAACUCACUGUGUGGCCGUAACCAACGAGUCCUGAUGAUGAUCACUUGAACAACUUAUGAUGAUGAAGUCCUUUCCAAAAACUGAAGCUUUCGGAAUUUGUUUAAUAAAUACUUUGAUGAAUGUAAAGGCAACUAUUUAGAAAGUGUCCAUACUUAUAUUUACUGAAUAACCCAUUCAACUGCCUCCAUCAGCAAGUAAUGCGGUUGUGGAUGGAGGUAAUUCAUAAGAUAAAUACGAGUAUAAACCAAUGGAAGAAAAGUUGUAAACAGCUUUUAUCAAAUUCAGCAACAUGCAUAAAAUACCAACUGUUAGUAUAUUAUUAGAGUGGAUCUAUCCCUCACACUACUCCAAGAGAUCAAGAUAACACUACUGAAACAUUUAAAAGAGUUAUGACUACUAUUUGUCCUCAUCUACCGGGUUUGUUAUGUUGUAAUAUCAUAUGUAUUCUGCGAAGAACCUCUGCAUUUCUGAGCCUCAAAGGUGGAUCGAUUUUGUUUUGAAUAUAAUGUGUGUGUGUGUGCGUGCGUGUGUGUGUGUGUGUGUGUGUGUGCGUGCGUGUGUGUGUGUGUGUGUGUGUGUGUGUGUGUGUGUGUGUGUGUGUGUGUGUGUGUGUGUGUGUGUGUGUGUGUGUGUGUACAAAGACAUUUGAAGUGUGUUUAUGGUCUACCAAAAUCAGCAUCACACUGACUUUAAAGCAGUGAACUGAACCUUAAUAUAAACACAAACUUAUAUCUAUGACCAGUACAGGUGUUCAGAGUUGUCAUGGCACUGAUUUUUGAGUCCAUAAACAUAUCAUGAAUAUACACACACACACACACACACACACACACACACACACACACACACACAAGGUCCAAAACAGUCUCGUAUCACAUCUUCAACCCUUAGCUACUAUAUCAGUAUCACAUAGCCGCAUCCAAAAGAAACACUCGUUCAUAUUCCUCAUAGGUCGUUUAAGCUCUCUUUUACCUUGGAAUGAUUACAGAAAGAAACAAAAUAUUUUACAGUUAGAGGAAUGAGUACAUUUAUGUGAUGGUGUCAAAGUAAUGUAUAUGAUUUAAGAGUGAGAGUCAUGCCUCAAUAAGCUGUCUCUAUGUGGUGAAGUUUGAAUUAUUUUGAGGUGAAUAAAAUUGCAUUAAUA